AUGAGUGAUACAAGUAUAAUAGCAAGUGGCUCAUCAAAAUAUGGUUCCGCUUAUAAAAGAGACAACUGCUGGACUCGUCGCGGAGCUAAUAUUUGUGUUUUUAUCUUAGCAUUGCUCACGAUACUUCUAUCAGUUGCUCUCAUAGUAUUAAUUUUUACACCAUGCGACUUGCAAAAAGUUCGACAAACCAAUGGAAAAAAAAAUGGAAAAAACUCUGGUUCAACAAAUUCUGGAAUAGGUUUCCUCGAUACAUUUACAAAUUUUUGGAGCAGUUCAUCAUUGAUUCAUCAAAUAGGAGAUAAUGAUGCAACAAACGACGAUGACGAAUCAUAUGAAAAUGAUGAUAAUGACGAUGAAGGUGAUUGA